GGCUUUGUAUCGGAGAGGGUAGCUUUUAAACCUGGAACAUGACCCCUAGAAAUGACUGUAUUCUAUAUGGGAUAACACUAAUAUUUCUCGUAACGUCUGGCAUUUUGCCCGCAUUUGGACAGAAUACAAGCCCAGGAGAGACUGGGUCUACUUUAUAUGGGCCCCUCAUCACUGCUCCCACUGGAAAUGAUAAUACAGGAAGCUCUAUCACUACUUCAAAUAAUGAGUAUACUAUCUGUAUAGAAGUAAGAACCACCUCUGAAUCUGUUAGUACUACGAGGCUUGUCUCAUUAACUCAACCUAGAACUGGAACAGAUCUUUAUACAAGUACAGGAACCAGCAAUAUAACUGUAUCAUACAGCUCAACUAAUACCACUGGUGGAAUAGGAACCAAGAGCCCAACUGCCACCACUAUCAGUGUUGGAACUAUAGCAGGAGAUCAGUCUAGCACUCUUACUGAAUCACAUAGCCCAACCACCACCAGUGCCACUACUGGACUUGGUACUGGAACUGAAACCAGUUCACAUAGCCUAACUGCCACACAUCCCACUGCUGGAUCAGGUACUACAACUGAAACAAGUAAUAGUACUGGGUCACAGAGCCAAACAACCAUCGGAACCACAUCUGUACCUGGCACUACAACUGAAUCCAUUACUAUUACUGACUUACGUAGCCCAAUUGCCACAAUUACCACUGCUGGAUCUGGUACUACAGCUGAAACCAGUAAUAUUACUGAAUUAUAUAGUCCAACCACCAGUACCAUUGCUGAAAUGAAUACAGGAUCAGAAACCAGUGCUUUUACCGAGUCCCAGAGCACAACUACAACUAGUAUCCCUGGUGGACUUAAUACAACAGCUGAAACCAAUACUAUUACUGAAUCACCUAGCCUAACCACCAUUGGCACCACUGCUGGACCUGGCCCUACAGCUGAAACCAUUACUAAUACUGAGUUAUAUAGCCCGACCUCCAACAAUACCACAUCUGUAGCUGGUACUACAGCUAAAAUCAGUACAACUACUGAGUUACAAAGCCCAGUUGCAACAAGAACCAUGUCUGGAUCUGGUUCUACAGAUGAAACCAGUAAUAUUACCGAGUUACAAAGCCAUAGCACCACCAGUAAUAUUGCAGAAACUAAUGCAGGAUCAGAAACCAGUGCUGUUACUGAGUUCCAGAGCCCAACUACAGUUAGUACUCGUACUGCUGGACUUAAUACAACAGCUGUAACCAAUACUAUUACUAGGUUAUAUAGCCCAACCACCACCAGCAUUAGAUCUAUAACUACUACUACAGCUGAAACCAGUACUAAUACUGAGUUACAUAGCCCAAUUGUCACAAUUACCAUGGCUGGACCUGGUACUACAGUUGAAACCAGUAAAAUUACUGAGUCACAUAACCCAAUCAUUACCAGCACUACUUCUAAAUUUAAUUCAGUAUCAGAAUCCAGUUCUGUUACUCAGUUACAGGGCAUAAAGGUCACCACUAUCACUACUGGACCGAAUACAAGAACUGAAGUUACUACUGAAUUACAUAGCCCAAAUACAACAAGUACCACUGUUGGACCUGGUACAAGAACUGAAAUCAACACUCUUACGGAGUCACCUAUGUCAAAUACCACCAGUACUACUACUGGACUUUAUACAGGAACUGAUGGCAGUACUGUUACUGAGUCACAUGGACCAACUGACACCACUACUGGACCUAGCACAAGUUUUAUAACCAGUACCGUUAGUGAAACAUAUACCCCAAAUGAUGUCAAAACUAGUUCUAUUACUUACUCACGUAGCCCAACUGAUCCCAACACUGUUAUUAUAUGUUAUACUGCAACAAACUCCAAUUCUGCCCCGAGUACUUUGGUAGAUAUCACUGCGAGUAACAUCACUAUCAGUGUGCCAGGAGCAGAUACAAGUAAUAUCACUAGUAGUGUGCCAGAAGCAGAUACAAGUAAUAUCACUAGCAGUGUGCCAGAAGCAGAUACAAGUAAUAUCACUAGCAGUGUGCCAGAAGCAGAUACAAGUAAUAUCACUAUCAGUGUGCCAGAAGCAGAUACAAGUAAUAUCACUAGCAGUGUGCCAGGAGCAGAUACAAGUAAUAUCACUAGCAGUGUGCCAGGAGCAGAUACAAGUAAUAUCACUAGUAGUGUGCCAGAAGCAGAUACAAGUAAUAUCACUAGUAGUGUGCCAGAUAACAGUACCAGUCAGUCUACAACAUAUCAAGUUACCAACAGCACGUCUGUGCCUAAUAGCACUUUUAUAUCUACAACUCCUUCAUCAUUUGGCAUUUUGCCCGCAUUUGGACAGAAUACAAGCCCAGGAGAGACUGGGUCUACUUUAUAUGGGCCCCUCAUCACUGCUCCCACUGGAACUGAUAAUACAGGAAGCUCUAUCACAUCAUCAAAUAAUGAGUAUACUAUCUGUAUAGAAGUAAGAACCACCUCUGAAUCUGUUAGUACUACAAGGCUUGUCUCAUUAACUCAACCUAGAACUGGAACAGAUCUUUAUACAAGUACAGGAACCAGCAAUAUAACUGUAUCAUACAGCUCAACUAAUACCACUGGUGGAAUAGCAACAAAGAGCCCAACUGCCACCACCAUCAGUGUUGGAACUAUAGCAGGAGAUCAGUCUAGCUCUCUUACUGAAUCACAUAGCCCAACCACCACCAGUGCCACUACUGGACCUGGUACUGGAACUGAAACCAGUUCUAUUGUUGACUCACAUAGCCUAACUGCAACACAUCCCACUGCUGGAUCAGGUACUACAACUGAAACAAGUAAUAGUACUGGGUCACAGAGCCAAACAACCAACGGAACCACAUCUGUAGCUGGUACUACAGCUGAGACUAGUACUACUACUGAGUCACAUAGCCCAAAUGUCACAAUUACCACUGCUGUAUCUGGUACUACAGCUGAACCCAGUAAUAUUACUGAGUUAUAUAGUCCAACCACCACCAGUAAUAUUGCAGAGACUAAUGCAGGAUCAGAAACCAGUGCUGUUACUGAGUUCCAGAGCCCAACUACAACUAGUAUUACUGCUGGACCUAAUACAACAGCUGAAACCAAUACUAUUACUGAAUCACCUAGCCUAACCACCAUUGGCACCACUGCUGGACCUGGCACUACAGCUGAAACCAUUACUAAUACUGAGUUACAAAGCUUAAUUUCCACAAUUACCACUGCUGGACCCGGCACUACAGCUGAAACUAUUACUAAUACUGAGUUAUAUAACCCGACCUCCAACCGUACCACAUCUGUAGCUGGUAUUACAACUGAAACAAGCAAUACCGGUGUUACUGAAUUACAAAGCGAUACCACCACCAGUACCAUUGCUGUAACGAAUGCAGGAUCAGAAACCAGUGCUGUUACUGAGUUCAAGAGCCCAACUACAACUAGUAUCAGUGCUGGCCUUAACACAACAGCGGAAACCAAUAUUAAUAUUGAAUCACCUAGCCUAACCACCAAAGACAGCACUGCUGGACCCGGCACUACAGCUGAAAUUAUUACUAAUACUGAGUUAUAUAACCCGACCUCCAACAGUACCACAUCUGUAGCUGGUAUUACAGCUAAAAUCAGCACUCCUACUGAGUUACAAAUCCCAGUUGCCACAAGCACCAUGUCUGGAUCUGGUUCUACAGCUGAAACCAGUAAUAUUACUGAGUUACAAAGCCAUACCACCACCAGUAAUAUUGCAGAAACUAAUGCAGGAUCAGAAACCAGUGCUGUUACUGAGCCCCGGAGCCCAACUACAGCUAGUAUCACUGCUGGACCUAAUACAACAGCUGAAACCAAUACUAUUACUGAAUCAACUAGCCUAACCACCAUUGGCACCACUGCUGGACCCGUCACUACAACUGAAACAAGUAAUACCAGUGUUACUGAUUUACAAAGCCAUACCACCACCAGUACCAUUGCUGUAACGAAUGCAGGAUCAGAAAACAGUGCUUUUACCGAGUCCCAGAGCCCAACUACAACUGCUGGGCUUAACACAACAGCGGAAACCAAUACUAUUACUGAAUCACCUAGCCUAACCACCAAAGGAACCACUGCUGCACCUGGCAUGACAACCGAAAUCAGUACUAAUACUGAGUUACAUAGCUUAAUUGACACAAUUACCACUGCUGCACCCGGCAAUACAGCUGAAACCAUUACUAAUACUGAGUUAGAUAGCCCGACCUCCAACAGUACCACAUCUGUAGCUGGUAUUGCAGCUAAAAUCAGCACUACUACUGAGUUACAAAGCCCAAUUGCCACAAGCACCACAUCUGGAUCUGGUUCUACAGCUGAAACCAGUAAUAUUACUGAGUUACAAAGCCAUACCACCACCAAUAAUAUUGCAGAAUCUAAUGCAGGAUCAGAAACCAGUGCUGUUACUGAGUUCCAGAGCCCAACUACAACUAGUAUUACUGCUGGUCUUAAUACAACAGCUGAAACCAAUACUAUUACUAAAUUACUUAGCCUAACCACCACCAGCAUUAGAUCUAUAACUACUACUACAGCUGAAACCAGUACUAAUACUGAGUUACAUAGCCCAAUUGUCACAAUUACCAUGGCUGGACCUGGUACUACAGUUGAAACCAGUAAUAUUACUGAGUCACAUAACCCAAUCAUUACCAGCACUACUUCUAAUUUGAAUUCAGUAUCAGAAUCCAGUUCUGUUACUCAGUCACAGAGCAUAAAGGUCACCACUAUCACUACUGGACCGAAUACAAGAACUGAAGUUACUACUGAAUUACAUAGCCCAAAUACAACAAGUACCACUGUUGGACCUGGUACAAGAACUGAAAUCAACACUCUUACGGAGUCAGCUAUGUCAAAUACCACCAGUACUACUACUGGACUUUAUACAGGAACUGACGGCAGUACUGUUACUGAGUCACAUGGACCAACUGACACCACUACUGGACCUAGCACAAGAUAUGCAACCAGUACUGUUAGUGCAACAUAUACCCCAAAUGAUGUCAAAACUAGUUCUAUUACUUACUCACGUAGCCCAACUGAUCCCAACACUGUUAUUAUAUGUUAUACUGCAACAAACUCCAAUUCUGCCCCGAGUACUUUGGUAGAUAUCACUGCGAGUAACAUAACUAGCAGUGUGCCAGGAGCAGAUACAAGUAACAUCACUAGCAGUGUGCCAGGAGCAGAUACAAGUAAUAUCACUAGCAGUGUGCCAGGAGCAGAUACAAGUAAUAUCACUAGCAGUGUGCCAGAAGCAGAUACAAGUAAUAUCACUAGCAGUGUGCCAGAAGCAGAUACAAGUAAUAUCACUAUCAGUGUGCCAGAAGCAGAUACAAGUAAUAUCACUAUCAGUGUGCCAGAUAACAGUACCAGUCAGUCUACAACAUAUCAAGUUACCAACAGCACGUCUGUGCCUAAUAGCACUUUUAUAUCUACAACUCCUUCAACAUUUGAUUCCUCCAAACCAAAUCUUGUGCUGAGAUUCAGGGUGCAAAGUUCCCAACCAGUUGGAAAUGCAAUAUCUGAGCUUAUGAAAGAGAUAUGUGCCAUUUCUCAGGUUAACUCAGCAGGGUCCAUCCUGCUUCACUGGAGACAAGACGGUGCAUAUCUAGACUGUAAGAAUACCCGUUAAACUCAUUCUGAAUUUUCACGGACCAUGUGUAAUGUCUCUUCCCCAAAUCUUGACUUUA